AUGCAUCGACGUUGCACUUGAACGGAACGCAGCAAAUGACGGCGCUGAUGCCAGAGGAUUCCAAGACCCAAGCCGAAGAGAUCGUUGUUCGCUUCAAAACAACCAGGCCGCGUGGCCUCCUCUUAUCCACGAGUUUGGAAAACAGUCCAGAUCGACUGCAAAUCUACCUCGAGGAAGGCAAAGCGAAGAUGCUGAUCCACAUCGGCGACAAGGAGAAGAUACUGGUUGCUGGGCAAGGUUUAAACGACGAUAUGUGGCACACGCUAAGAUUCUCCAGGAGAGCGAAUUCCGUGAAGUUCCAAGUUGACGACGAAACUGCUGUACGGGCUGAAACGCAGCUCGGCAAGCAAAGCAUUUUGGAAUUUCGUACACUCCAUGUCGGUGGUUAUUUGCACGCCGGAGAAGAAAUUCCGCACUUCGUUGGUCAGCUCCAACAAAUCUGGUUUAACGGCUACCCAUAUUUGGAAAUAGCACGGAGCUCCGGGAAUCAUCAAGCUUCUCAUCAAGGUGUAACGCCGAUCAUCAGGGUCACCGGGAAAUUCGGCAAGAGGAACCAUCCAGUCCACUAUCCGAUGACUUUCACGUCGAAGCACACGUUCGUCGGUCUACCUGUGCUCAAAGCGUACGUCGAAACGAAUAUCUAUUUCCAGUUCAAGACACGCGAAGCAAACGGUCUGAUUCUGUACAACGCCGGUCGAGAACGCGACUUCAUCGCCGUUGAGCUUGUAAACGGACACGUUCACUAUGUAUUCGAUCUGGGUGACGGUCCGGUCAGGGUCAAGGACACCUCGAGGUCUAAGCUGAACGACGGAAAAUGGCACGCAGUUAGCAUCGGGAGGCCGGCACCUAAGAGGCACACGCUCGCUGUUGACGAUCAUGUCACCGCUGUCAACAGUCAGGGCAGCAACGAGAAUCUCGAUCUCGACGGGAUCUUGUACAUCGGAGGCGUGGAGAAAACACAAUACGGUCAGCUACCGAAGCCGAUACUCAGCAGACAUGGUUUCGAGGGGUGUCUCGCAUCGUUGGACCUCAGCGGCGAGAGCACCAAUCUGAUUUCCGACGCGGUGGUACCCAGCUCUUUAGUUGAAUCCGGCUGCGACAUGUACGCCAGCCUCCAUCCCGGCAAAAAGUGCACGCAUGACCUGUGUUCAAAUCACGGCACGUGCGUGCAACAAUGGAACAGUUAUACGUGCGACUGUGACAUGACCAGUUUUACUGGACCUACGUGUAACGAAGAAGCAGCAGCUUACGAAUUCGGAGCCGGAAGAGGAAUUAUCACCUACACCUUCCCACCUGACCGAAGACCGGAAAUGAAGAGAGACACGGUGGCCUUAGGCUUUGUAACCAGCGUGAACGACGCUGUACUUCUCAGAAUAGAAUCUGCUUCGAGCAACGACUACCUUGAAAUCGAAAUUGUGGAGGGAAACGUGUUUGCUGUCUACAACAUGGGGACAAACGACCAUCCAAUAGGUGAAGUCGGUGUGAAAGUGAACGAUAACCAGUAUCACGUAGUAAGAUUCACAAGAACAGGGCCAAACAGCACGUUACAGGUCGACGAUUACAAUCUGCAAUCUAACCACCCAUCCGGUCGUCAAUUGACGGUGUUCAAUAGUCAAUCGACCAUUCAAGUUGGUGGUCGAUGGAAUCGCAACAAAGGAAGGGUAGAGAGACCCUUUUUGGGAAUAAUCGCCGGCCUGGUUGUGAACGGUGCACGAAUUCUCGAAUUGGCUGCCACAAAAGACGGACGAGUCACCAUUAGGGGAGAUGUUCAGCUUUUACCUCCCGGAAGUCUUCUGGAUCGUGCAGCUCCUUUGCAAAGAAUGCAACAGGUGAAAUUUCCAACUAGACAGACGCCAGCUUCCGGUUUCCCGGGCGUCAUGGACGACCUGAUAUUUUCUGGUGCAGGAAGCGGUUGCGCCGCAGACGACGAGGACGAAGAAUGCACGCCGAUCUAUGAACCUGGUUCCGACGACAUAAUAACGCCUGUCUACGUCGCGCCGACGAGGUCACCGACAACUCUCAGGCCGAAGCAUCACAAGGAGAACAUUCAGGAACGUCCUUCCUGCGACGACGAGGAGGACUGUGAGGAGGGCUCCGGAGAACCGGUCACCACCGAAGAGAUCUUCGUCACAUCAGCCACUGACUCAAGCUCAGUGACGUAUACAACUGCCCGCGAGUACACGACCAGUCACAUCAGCACGCAAACGUCUCCAGGCUCACCGUCGACAUCGACCCGGGACAUCGUCACCGUCUCCGUCCAGUACAAUGUGUCAACCACAGACCUCGAAACCAGCCACGCCAGUAGCAUCGUGACGCAGAGAUCGACCACUGUGACGACCCAAACGACCACCACAGAGAUGACGGACCCACCUCCACCGCCUCCACCGCCAAUGUAUCCGCCGAUGCCGACGCCGCCGAAGAACAACAACAACAAAAGGAUAACGUCCGAGGCGGCGGAGAACGCUGCCUUGAUAAUCGGCAUUAUAGCCGCAGCAUUGAUCGCCAUUGUCCUGAUCAUCCUGAUCAUUCUGAAAUUCAAGAAUCGUCCAGAGACCAGCUACAAAGUCGACGAAACGAAGACAUUCUGCCAAGAUCCGAACGCGGCGUUGCUGGGAGCCGCUGGUUCCGGUCAACCGUUCAACGGAACGUUGAAGAACGGCGCGAACGGCAGCAAGACCAACAAGAAACGGGAACUGAUAGACAUUAAAGAGUGGUACGUGUAGAGAUUGCUGCCCGCCUUCAGAAUCCACGCGUCCACUUGAG